AUGUUAACGUUAUCCAAGGGCAUCCCCAUGGUUUUGAGUGUCGUAGGUUUAAAGGGAAACCGGAGGCAAACUCAAGCAGGAACAAAACAUGCAAGUGUCAAUGGUCAUAACAUUCUUGCACCGGUGUUUAGCCUACACGAGGAAGUUGUUUUAAGGAUUUUAAGUUUCCUUCCUUUGAGUGACUUGAUCCGGGUUUCUAGAGUUUGUCGAUGGUGGUACAGAUUGUCUUUCGAUCGGUUUUUGUUUAAGAACGUCGAUUUAAGGCCAUUUGCCACGCGCCUUACCGAUCCUGUAAAGAUGGAAUUGCUAUUUACGAAGCGAAUGGCUUCAAUAGUACAGUGCCUCGAUUUAAGUGGAUUUAAUAUUUCGGGUGAAACUUUAAGGAUACUUGCUUCUUCUUGUAGCCAACUCCGUGUUUUAAAACUUAAGAGUGUAACUUUUACACCUGGAACAAAAGGAAAAGAUAUUUUCCCUGAAAAUCUCAAAGUUCUUGACAUCCGAUUUUCUCAAGGCCAUCCGGGCGUGUACCGAGCAAUUGCCACAAGCCUCGAAAACAUCAGAAGCCUGAGACUCUGUGAUGCUUUUCUUUAUACUCUACUACAAGACGGAACAUUGAAAACAACAAUUAAAAACUUGAAAUAUUUGCGCGAGCUCGAUCUUAGUCACUGCCAUUUACUAGACGACAAUACUUUGUCUCUGUUUACUUCUUGUAGCCGGCUGGAGGCCUUAAGUGUGCGCAAAUGCUUUAUGCUUACGGGCAGUUUUGUUAACGAUUUUAUACAGUCAUGUGUUCAUCUCAAGACUUUAAUUCUUGAUGGAAUAAGUAUCAGUGACAACACUUUGCAGAACAUAAUGUGGGAUCGUUCAAACUUGGCGCAUCUGGAGUUAGGAUGCUGUCCGCUUAUCUCUUCCCGCGCGUUAAACUUGGCCUUGAACCGAAUAACAACCAUUAUCCAUUCCCUAGAGUAUUUAGGGCCCUGCUCAAAUAAGGAUAACAAAGCACUCGACGAAGAAACUAUUCUUGAACUUGAAACAGGAUUAUCGAAAAGACGUGCAUGUAAACUAACACUAACGUGGCUUAACCUCAGAUGUUCGCAACUGGACAUAACCAAAGAGUUUUCCUUUUACGAGGAUUAUCAGUCGCAAGAUUUCUCAAGUUCCGAGUUCACAGCGGAAAUGAUGAAAUACGCACCGGAGACUCUAGUUUGA